AUCGGAUAGACAGUCAGCCUUCAAUAUGUCCUAUCUAUGCAACCUGGAACAUGCCAGAGCGUCCGACGUAGCCCAGCGUGUAGUAGCUAGCUAACUUGGUGUCGUUGAAAUCGCAGCUGAAAUGUAUUUGUACUAAAAUAUAUUUGAAAGGAGUCAUUUGAAGAUACUAUGUGAGUUUGAUUGUUGAUUUCACCUGCUAUCAAACUAUUUAGCUAGCUAGCUGUCUAACGUUAACAUAGCUAACUAGCCAGCGCUUCCCACAAUUUGCUGCCAGUUAGCUACCUAGCUAGCUAGCUAGCUAGUUAGUUAGGUAAUGGCAGAACAAGCGGUCUGUUAGUUAACAGAUGAAUGUCACAACAAUUAGCUAUAUUAACCAAACAAGGCAACUGGCUAGUAUCUCUGCCUUGGAAUUCACAAAGUUGACUCGGCAUUAACGUUAGCUAGCUAACGUUAGCUGACAUCAAAGAUAUUUAUAACUGACCCCUUCUGUCUGUGCUGAUAUCUUGCUUGGAGACCAUGGUUCUGUUGAUACAGUGUGGUUGCGUUUCAGGCUGUCUUUUAUGCAGUCGUGCUGCGCAUCUGUCAUUGGCCAAACUCAAAUAGUCCUGCUUUAUCACACCAUUACGUUACUAGAUUUUUGCUCACUGAAUGGAACAAAUGCUUCCCACCCACUUGUCACAUCUGUUUGAGAGAAGGUCCUUUCUAAGUAGCUCAUGAGUGGGUGGGUCCUUUCUAGCUAAGUAGCUCAUGAGUGGGUGGGUCCUUUCUCGCUAAGUAGCUUACCAGAGAAGGUCAUUUUAUUCUAGAAGCCAGUGUGCUUCAGGUUUUAUCUUGUGAUGAAGGGACUGUGUGUUUUGGUGAUGUUUUGUUAUGUUUUUUCGACUGUAGAGAACCUCUGGCAGAGUCAUGGCAGAAGCUCACCAGGCUGUGGCGUUCCAGUUCACCGUCUCUCCAGACGGCAUUGAUCUGCAGCUGAGCCACGAGGCCCUGAGACAAAUCUACCUGUCUGGCCUGCACUCCUGGAAGAAAAAGUUCAUCCGCUUCAAGGUGCUUUGUCUCAAGGGAAAUUGCCGCCAGGCAUAGCAGUACCAAGUUAUACCAGACAUAAAACGACAGCAGACGACAUAAAUACAAACAAACAAACAGUGAUGUUGAUGUGUCAAACAGCUGAAUAUCAUUUCCUUCACAGAAUGGGGUGAUGACCGGUGUGUACCCUGGCAGUCCCACCGGCCUGAUGUUAGUGGUGGGGUUGUACAUGGGGAGGGCAAAGUACGUCCAAGCUGACCCUUCCUUCGCACUGUUCACCAAAGUGGGUGCUCACCUGCCUGUUAGGUAAAGUCUCAACUCACUCACUCGCUAUCCCAUAGAUACAAUUACAUUUUAGCAUGUUUAUGGCCAGUAAGGGAUGCUUUGCCUCUCUCCUUGCAGUCGCUACAUGUCCUUGGAGAACCAGCAGGUGGUUGGCGGGGUGCUAGUUGGCACAGGGCUCUGGGUGGCUGUCUUCUUCACCAUGCGAACUGCACUCAAGUGGCUGCUCUCCUGGCAUGGAUGGAUGUAUGCCUGUCAUGGCACCGUGCCGUGGAGGACACGCAUCUGGCUGGUGAGUCGACUGCAAACAACCAUGUCACGUGUUGCCCUGUGGGGAAACCAAUGCCGGGUAGAGGUGGGGCUACAGAAAUAUGAUACCUAGAAAGCUCAUAACUAUGUCAGAAAUAUUUCCCCCCGACCAAAUAGACAAAAGACUGGGGGGGGAAAAAAGAUGAACCUUUUAUUUGAAGGUAGACUUCUCCUUUAACAGACCCAUAAUUGUGAGUGCAGGUACUGGUGAAGAUCUUCUCCGGCAGGCGAAAUCCCCAGUUGUACAGCUUCCAGACAUCGUUACCACAGCUCCCUCUGCCCUCAGUGAAGGACACCAUCAAUAGAGUGAGCAACAGGAACAAAGCAAAUCGCAGCUUUAUCCAUCACAACCAUUUACUAGAGGGGUACAAUGUGGCGAUUUAUAGAACUCCUGAAGGUGUGCCAUGUUAGAUUGUCAUACAUGUUUCCUCUGCUAGUACCUUGAAUCUGCCCGUCCUCUCAUGGACGACGAACAGUACUUGAGGAUGGAGGGUCUCGCCAAGGAUUUUGAGAAAGGCCUGGGUCCUAGACUUCAGUGGUACCUGAAACUCAAAUCUUGGUGGGCUACAAACUAUGUGAGUCACAUUAAUUAAAUAUGGUUUUCAUCAGAUUUUCUUAGAUAGCUUAAAACAUUUUCCAUAGCUUUUCGAAUGAUCUGACAUGUCUGGCUGUUCUCAGGUCAGUGACUGGUGGGAGGAGUACAUCUACCUAAGAGGCCGUGGACCAAUCAUGGUCAACAGCAACUACUAUGCAAUGGUAAGAGUCAGUACUAGCAUUGUAUAUCGUCAAGCUGCUACGAAUGAGGGGGUAAUAGUAUCACAGAGUUUCUAAACCCAGAGGCGCAACAUCGCCAAACUUCCGGGAACGCUUGCGAAACAGAUCAAACAGAACAGGGUUUGAGAAGUGCAAAAUUAUUCCUUCGUUGUUAAUUUUGUCGAAAUCUAAAGGCACAACCUAGAUUCGAGCCAAUGUCUUAAGUAGUUGGAACAUUCUAUUACUCCAACCUCGUGAAAGUGACAAACUGACACAUUUUGAAUUUUCAUCAAAAACAGUACCUUUGAUUUUAAGGCCUGCACGUUCCGCAGUUUGGCGCGAGACGACCGUUAGAACCGAUGAUGUGUUUCUACACAUGAGCUUAGCUAGCCAAGCCUCUAUGACAUUGCCUACAAGUGUGAUCGGGGAUUUCUAUUGGAGAAGCAGUUUUAGUCUAUUUUCUUACUGUACUGUCUGACAACAUUAUGUGUUGUUAAUAUUAUUAUGUGUUUAUGGAUGUUUACCAAUUUGGCAAUUCAUCAGAGUAUUUGAUCGGAUUAUCUCUUGUCAAUAUUUCUCUUUAUCCAUUGUCAUUCUAUUUUUCAUUCAUUCAGUUGAUUGUCAGCUUUUUCUCCAUUCUCACUCCCUCUCUCUUAGGACUUCCUGUAUGUGUUUCCCACCAGUCUGCAGGCCGCUCGGGCAGGCAAUGCUAUCCAUGCCAUCAUGCUGUACAGGAGAAUGCUGGACCGAGCGCAGAUCAAACCGGUAAAGAGCCUUCACUUUUGGUCGCUGCUUCUCAUCUAAGUGUUAUUUUCUUUAUGACCCUAAUGUGUAUUCCUCUUCCCUAUUUAAUACCAAAUGACAUAAAUAUCACUGUUUCUGUUUCACACUUGCGGACGGGAUGUUAUCUCUGGUGCAGCUCUUUGCACUGGAUAAAAGAGUUCCUCUUUGCUCCGCCCAAUGGGAGCGCUUGUUCAAUACUUCCCGCCUCCCAGGCCUGGAACGGGGUAAGAGGAGGGAGCGUUAUUGUCACAGACGAGCUUUGGAUCCAGCAUACCCCACCCUUAUCCCACCCCCAUUUCUGUCCCCAUAGAAUUCCUCACCAGCCAUGCCCGUUUCACCAGCAUGUUCCAUGAAAACAAACUCAUGUAUCACCCAUUUGGCCUGCAUUCAUAACUGUUUGGUACUGUCUGACACUGUAGGUGAUUGUAAGUCCUUAUCUACACUUAUGGUUAUUGUACAGAAAUAUAGUUUAUUUUGACCCAGACGAGUGAAUUUAUCAGGUCUGUAACAUGCUGGUGAAAUAGGAUCAGCUAUCUCAAACCCUUCCCAAUCCCCUCCAAUCAUUCCCUUCAAAUCCCCUUCCAUCUGUCUUUCUUUCUCUUCUCUUCUGUGAGCCGUUCUGGUUCCUCCAUCACCCCCCCCCCCCCCCCCCGUAGCCCCCCUCCCAUCAGUUUCUAGGAGAGCAGGUGAGCCAUUCUUGUUCCUCCAUCACCCCCCCCCCCCCCCCCGUAGCCCCCCUCCCAUCAGUUUCUAGGAGAGCAGGUGAGCCAUUCUUGUUCCUCCAUCACCCCCCCCCCCCCCCCCCCCCGUAGCCCCCCUCCCAUCAGUUUCUAGGAGAGCAGGUGAGCCAUUCUGGUUCCUCCAUCACCCCCCCCUGUAGCCCCCCUCCCAUCAGUUUCUAGGAGAGCAGGUGAGCCGUUCUGGUUCUUUCAUCACCCCCCCCUGUAGCCCCCCUCCCAUCAGUUUCUAGGAGAGCAGGUGAGCCGUUCUGGUUCCUCCCCCUCUAGCCCCCUCCCAUCAGUUUCUAGGGGAGCAGGUGAGCCGUUCUGGUUCCUCCCCCCCCCCCCCCCCUCCCCCCUCCCCCUCUAGCCCCCUCCCAUCAGUUUCUAGGAGAGCAGGCUUUUUGUGCUUUGGUCAUUUUUCAUUUUUUUCUAUUUGCCUUUCAGCUCAUGCUUCAAAAUACCAUUCCAAUGUGCUCAGCCCAAUAUGAGCGUAUGUUCAACACCAGUCGUAUCCCAGGCCUAGAUACAGGUAGAUGGCCACUUCUUCCUCCCCAGUCUCUCAAUCACACAGACUAAAGCAGUUCUAAGAACCAUAGAAUGUGUGGAAACCAAAUGCGGAUUGAACAGAUUAUUUAAUCAUUCUAUUAUUUAACAACCUACGAGUGUACAUUAAAUGUACGCAGACUGUGCACAAAUAUAUCCAGUCAAUGGGCACUUUCAUACAGGCCAAAUGGCAUCACAGGAUGGAGCUGUUUGCUCAGUGCCAAGUUUACAUAACAGAUUGGCUAUUCAGGCCCUGGAAUAAAACACGCUUUUUUUUUGUGACCGAGGCUCCAAAGUGUCCUGAAUUAGACUCCCAUGUUUCAUUGCGAUCCUCUUCAUUGUGUGUUUUAACUUUUGUUUCAUGCUAAAGAAUCCCACUGCAGUUCUCAAUGCUGCUUGGAAAUUACACCAACCAUAGUUUGUGCUUUAGAGAACACUCUCCAAAUCUUUCGCUUGAAACAACAGUUCAAACCACAUUUAGUCUCUCCAAGGUAUCUCCUCGAUACUCUGUCUUAGUUUCUAGAAAACCCUUUUUAGACAUAGUGUAGUACUGCAGUUUCCCCCCUUUUUUUUUGUUGUUGUGCAAAUUCUUCAGUAGGUCCAAAUUGUGUGAAUAAUUUAUCAGAGCUCCUUUAAGCCAUAAUCAUAUUCUUGUUGUGAAUUUGUUGGAAGUUACACAAAGUUGUCCCUCCCUACCCCUUGUGCUUGUCCAGACACCAUCCAGCAUAUGCGGGACAGCAGGCACAUCGUGGUGUACCACCGGGGGCGCUACUUCAAAGUGGCCAUGUUCUACGACGGUCAGGUGCUGUCGCCCAGGGCCGUAGAGCAGCAGAUGGAGCGCAUCCUGGCUGACCCCUCUGAACCCCAGCCGGGGGAGGAGACCCUGGCCGCCCUCACUGCUGGGGACAGGUACGCCGACGCUACGCUUAUUAACGCUUUUAUCUGAAGCGACACAUUUUCCUACGGGCCGACCCCCCCAGCUAGAAAUGGAACUGAAGAUCCUGGCGUGACGAGCGCCAUGCUCUACCAACUGAGACUCACCUUAAAAAAAGCACCCACCAUCUGAGAUUGUUGUGAAAUCGUUUCUGAGAAAUGAAGUUAAUUGAUUACACCCAAAUUGUCAAUUUUUUAAUUAUAGGAUUCAUAUAAUAUUCAAUAAAUCAAGAACAACGUUUUGGACCCCAAAAAAUUCCAACAAUGAGUAAGACAUGAGGAUUUCAAAGAAAUGUUCAAAAGCCACCCACGGACCCCCCCAUACCCCACGCCAAUCCCAACCCAAAAGCGGGUAUACAACAUCAGUUCUGUAUGGAGCUGCGGCUGGGAGUAUUGUUCCUUCAUCCUAUGUAAUGUAGGGCCGGGACGAUACCAGUAUCGUGAUCCUCGUUAGUAUCGUGGCAAGGAAACAAAUCAAGAAGCGGAUUUAACUUAUUUAGGAAAACAGCCCUAAUGUUGGAAACAAACAUCAUUAUGUUGUCAUCCAGAGUCACAUUGAUUUUUUUUCUAAGCUAUAGCACACAAUAUUUUACUUACAGCAGGUUUUUAAAGGACCAAAGAAUUUGGUCUGCUUUGUGUUUUCAUUUUUGCCGUGGAAAAAAUAUUCCAAUACUGGUAUCUUCACAGCCCUAAUGUAAUGCAUUCUCAGUGAAUUUGGUGAUGUUUUUUUUCCCCUGUUCAGAGAAAUUUGUCAAUGAAGUUGUUAGAUUUAUGUCUCAUCCUAUAUCCUGAUAUUACCAGGUUCUGCCCACUAGAUGGUGCUGUUCCUGCUAUUAGGUGUUUGUUUGUUUGUUAAAGGGAUAGUUCACCCAAAUUACAAAAUUGCGUAUUGGUUUCCUUACCCUGUAAACAGUCUGCAAGUCAGUGGUACCUAUAUUAGCAUUUUCAUGCUUCAUGUUCAAAUCAUCCUAAAGUAUCUAAAAUUGUAUUGUGCAACUCAAUUAUGUUACUUGAGAUGAUUUGGAUAUGAAGCGCUGUGAAACAGUGGCCAGGAAACAGUGGCCAGGUCAACAAAACCAAAGCAUGGGUUGUUGUCGUACCUUGUCCAUAGAUUGCUUACAUGUUAAGGAAACCAAUGUAAUUUGGGUGACCUAUCCCUUUAACAUUAAUGGGGGGUGGGGGGAGAUUCUUUAAAAAAUAGCAGGACCAGUGGUCUAGUGGUCAGAACCUGGUAAUAUCAGGAAGUAGGAGGGGACAUCAAUGACUAAUUUCUCUGAACAGGGGGGGGAAAAAACAUCGCAAAAUUCACUGAGAAUGCAUUACAUAGUAUGAAGAAACAAAACUCAGAGCCGCAGCUCCAUACUACUUGUUAUAAAUAGAGAACCGAUGUUGUAUACUCGUUGUUGGGUUGGGAUUGGCGUGGGUGGUCCGUGGGUGGCUUUUGACCAUUUCUUUGAAAUCCUCAUGUCUUACUAAUUGUUAGAAUUUUGGGGGGGGUCCAAUUCGGAUGUUAUGUUCUAGAUUUAUUUAAUAUUAUAUCAAUCCUAUAAUUUAAAAUGGCCAAUGUGGGUGCAAUCAACUAACUUAAUUUCUCAGAGAUCAAAUUAUAUUUAAACAAAAUAAUGUUGCAGGAAUGCUUAUCUUAUAAUCUGUUUUUAACUUUAGAAACGAUUUUGAAACAAUCUGAGAUGGUGGGUGUCAUGGCUUGCUGAAAUGACCUGGAACGACCCAGGAUAUAUUCUACACUGGUUCAGAAAAUACACAUCCAGGGUCCUGUUCGUAAGAGCAUGCAACGGAAAACGUUUUUUAAAAAUGGAAAAUAAAAAUGAGUGUUUCUCAUUGGAUGAGUCCAGGUAGCCCCUCCCCGUUUCAGUCCAUUUUCUUCCGUUUGGUGCCUAAUGAACGCGACCUAGAUACGAGCUUUAAAGGUGCAUAAUGUCAGUUUCUUCUAAGUCGCCCUCUCGACAUCACAUCGGGUAUCUUGGGAUAUUCUCUGUCCGUUGCUUAUUUGCUGAAGUAGUUUAAAAUCACGCCGAUUGGCCGAAAGUAAUGUAAUCUAAGAGGAGGCUCCUCCCUCCAAAGGGUAGAAAACCCUAUGGUGACUUGACAGAAUUAACGUAAUUAAACAAACCUUGAAGCAGACUGAAUUGGAUCAACCCAAAUAUUGAAGGUGAUGUAAAAAUCCACUGUCCGUGAUAAGAAAUGAUUUAAUCAAAAAAGUUUCCCCAAUGUUAUGUUCACCCCACCUUGGCAGGGUGCCCUGGGCGGAGGCCCGCGAGGCCUACCUGAGACAGGGCAGGAACCAGCAGGCCCUGGACACCGUGGAGAAGGCUGCCUUCUUUGUGACCCUGGACGACACAGAGCAGCGUUACAAGGCUGACGAUCCCGUCCGCUCCCUGGACAGCUACGCCAAGUCCCUGCUGCACGGCAAAUGUUACGACAGGUGAGACCGAGGGCUCCAAUCCUUCAUAUUAUGCAGAUUGAGUGUGGGAAAUUACAUUCUUACUAUUGUUAUCUACCUGGGCUCUCAUUUAUUCUACACUUUACACUUUACAAAAAUGUUGAAGAAUAAGCCGUUAUAACUACUUAUGAAUGUUACUGAAUGCUUAUAAAUUGUUUAGACAUUUUCAUAAAUGUUAUGAACGCUUAUGAAUUAAAAUACUUGUAUAAUAAAUGUUUAAAAAAUAAUAAUAAUUAAAUACUGGAGUUUGUAGCUUACUCUGUGCUCAAGCACUGUUUUGGGUUUGUGUAUUUUUCCUGUAGGUGGUUUGAUAAGUCCUUCAACCUCAUCGUGUUCAGGAACGGGACCAUGGGUCUGAACGCGGAGCACAGCUGGGCAGAUGCCCCCAUCAUAGGGCACCUCUGGGAGGUAGCUAGCAGAGUACACCCUUUCUUCUUCUUCAUUAGUUUGUGUUAAUGUUUACACUGUGUCUGUAUAGGUUAUCAGGAAUAGAUCGCUGGCAGGAAAAAUGGUGUCUGGGCCCCGUGUAGCUCAGUUGGUAGAGCAUGGCGCUUGCAACGCCAGGGUUGUGGGUUCGAUUCCCACGGGGGGCCAGUAUGAAAAUGUAUGCACUCACUAACUGUAAGUCGCUCUGGAUAAGAGCGUCUGCUAAAUGACUAAAAUGUCAAAUGUAAAAAUGUAUGUCCCUAAAUUACGUUAUUGUCUAAUUGUAGCAUGUGCUGUCGAUGGACCCUGUCAAGCUGGGUUACACAGAGGAAGGCCACUGCAAAGGAAACCCUCACCCGUCCCUCCCAGGCCCCCAGAGGCUGCAGUGGAACAUCCCAGCUGAGGUAGCCCACCACAGGGGGUUUGGGUUAAACUAAAAUGUUGUAGGGAUGUUCCCCUUUUCAAAGUUAUUUAUUGUUUUCAUAAUUAUGAUCAAUUAGUGCAUAUCAUUAAUGCACACACAAGCCUUUCCAUUCUGUUUCAUUGUUACAGUGAUCAAACAUGAUCCCCAGUGAUCCUGUCUGUUUGGUACAUGUGUGAUAAUAGAUUGGAUGUUAGAAAGACCUUCAGAUUUCACACCUUUACACCUAAGCUCUCACCUUUCUGAGGACCCCCCCUUCAACUGUCUCAUCUCAAAGCUUCAAAUGAAAUCAACAACUGAGGCUCUUUGAUCAAAUACAUCAGAGACCAAGUGAAAUGGGCUGAUUCAGAGUGUCUUUGUUCCCCCUGUGCGGUGCCUCAGUGUCAGACGGCCAUUGCCAGCUCGCUGAUGGUGGCCAAGGCCCUGGCAGACGACGUUGACUCCCACAUCAUCCCCUUCAACAGCUUCGGGAAGGGCCUGAUCAAAAAGUGUCGCACCAGCCCUGAUGCCUUCAUCCAGAUCGCCCUGCAGCUGGCUCACUUCAGGGUAGGGUCAUUAUCUCUGCCUCUGUUGACUGGCAACAGGAAGAGGUUCAGCUGAUUGGAUGACUCCAUUGGCUAAUUAGCCAGGAUUAGCCAACUGGGCAAUUGGAAAGAGGGAAUGAUGGAUAUAUGAAAACCCAGGUUGGGAAUUUAGCUUCCUUAGGACAUGUGAAUGAAUACCAGGGAUGCUGUGAGUAGCUGUCAACAAUCUGUAGUUUGAGGAGAUAAAAAUCCUCCUUAAUAAGGACAGUAACUAUAACAAAUAUACUUGGAUUAUUUAUUUACCAAACAUGACAAGACUAAAAUGUGCCAGAAAGAAAAAUCUGUAACACUUUAGCCGACAGGUAUAAUACCUUGUUAUAAGCCUUUAUGGGCCUUUAUUAUGUCUUACUACUGUAUGUGUUAUAAUAUGUUAUAACCACACAUUACUGGCUGGUUAACAGAGACUAUACUCUAGUUAUAAUAUGUUAUAACCACAUUACUGGCUGGUUAACAGAGACUAUACUCUAGUUAUAAUAUGUUAUAACCACAUUACUGGCUGGUUAACAGAGACUAUACUCUAGUUAUAAUAUGUUAUAACCACAUUACUGGCUGGUUAACAGAGACUAUACUCUAGUUAUAAUAUGUUAUAACCACAUUACUGGCUGGUUAACUGAGACUAUACUCUAGUUAUAAUAUGUUAUAACCACAUUACUGGCUGGUUAACAGAGACUAUACUCUAGUUAUAAUAUGUUAUAACCACACAUUACUGGCUGGUUAACAGAAACUAUACUCUAGUUAUAAUAUGUUAUAACCAGAUUACUGGCUGGUUAACAGAGUUUUUACUCUAAACAAAAUGUGAACCUGAUUUUCCUUAAUCACCCCUGAGUGGAUAAAUACAAAGUUUAUUGAAUUGUAUUACAUUGAAUUUGACUUCCAGGACAAGGGGAGGUUCUGUCUAACGUACGAGGCGUCCAUGACGCGUAUGUUCAGAGAGGGGCGCACAGAGACGGUUCGUUCCUGCACCGUGGAGACCUGUGCCUUCGUCCGCUCCAUGGUGGACGACACCCCGGUAAGGACCCUCUGUGAGCAUUACAGGAACUGAAAGGUUGUGGGUCAGUCCUCAUUAAAUAUAUAUAUUUUUUUACGUUCUUCAAAAGAAAAAUGCUUCAACCAAUUUUUUUCAGUUAGAUUGUGAUAUCUGGGUGUAAUUGGCCAAAAGAGACGGAUUUCACCAUUACUUGUUACCCCCCGCACCGCUCUGUCUCAGAGGGGUUGAGUUGUGCUAGGGUAUCCCCUUUCAUUCUUUCAUAUAGUCUCCUUGUCUCUUCCUACCACUCCUUGUCUUCUCUGUAGAGAGAGCUGCGACUGAAGCUGUUGAAGGAAGCUGCGACGAGACACCAGCAGCUGUACCGGUUGGCCAUGACCGGAGGAGGCAUCGACCGCCACCUCUUCUGUCUCUACGUGGUCUCCAAGUACCUGGGAGAGGACUCAGCCUUCCUCAAAGAGGUCACAUGCAGCAUUUUGACUUGUGGAUGUACUAUAUAUUUUUAUUUUUAGGUUUGUAUGUUAAAGCGUGUGUGUGUGCGUGCGUGUGUGUGCGUGCGUGUGUGUGUGUGUGUGUGUGUGUGUGUGUGUGUGUGUGUGUGUGUGUGUGUGUGUGUGUGUGUGUGUGUGUGUGUGUGUUGUGUGUGUGUGUGUGUGUGUGUGUGUGUGUGUGUGUGUGUGUGUGUGUGUGUGUGUGUUGUGUGUGGUGUGCGUGUGCGUGUGUGUGUGUGUGUGUGUGUGUGUGUGUGUGUCCUCUCCUGUAGGUGCUGUCGGAGCCCUGGAGGUUGUCCACCAGUCAGACUCCCCUCCAGCAGGUGGAGCUGUUUGACCUGGUCAGACACCCAGAGUACGUGUCCAGCGGGGGAGGCUUUGGCCCGGUGAGUUCCCUGCACGACCUCAAUAGGGCCCUUUACUCAAAAUGAAUCAGGCAUUAAAGGGAUAUUACAUUAAAGUAACAUUAAAGAUUGUCAGAUGUUUUCAGAGCAGAUUUGGGAGUGUAAUGCCCCCUUAAAACAUAAUUGCUCAAUCUUAUUGUCUGUGUUCUUCAUCCUGGUGCUCAUAAAAUCUAAAUGUGAAACAACAACAUACACUGAACAAAAUAUAAACGCAACAUGUAAAGUGUUGGUCCCAUGUUUCAUGAGCUGAAAUAAAAGAUCCCGGAAAUGUCCAUACGCACAAAAAGCUUAUUUCUCUCAAAUUUUGUGCACAAAUUUGUUUACAUCCCUGUUAGUGAGCAUUUCUCCUUUGCCAAGAUAAUCCUUCCACCUGACAGGUGUGGCAUAUCAAGAAGCUGAUUAAACAGCAUGAUCAUUACACAGGUGAACCUUGUGCUGGGGGCAAUAAAAGGCCACUCUAAAAUGUGCAGUUUUGUCACACAACACAAUGCCACAGAUGUCUCAAGUUGAGGGAGCGUGCAAUUGGCAUGCUGACUGCAGGAAUGUCCACCAGAGCUGUUGCCAGAGAAUUGAAUGUUCUCUACCAUAAGCUGCCUCCAACGUCAUUUUAGAGAAUAUGGCAGUGCGUCCAACCGGCCUCACAACCGCAGACCACAUUUAUGGCGUCGUGUGGGUGAGCGGUUUGCUGAUGUCAACGUUGUGAACAGAGUGCCCCAUGGUGGCGGUGGGAUUAUGGUAUGGGAAGGCAUAAGCUACAGACAAUUAACACAAUUGCAUUUUAUCGAUGGCAAUUUGAAUGCACAGAGAUACCAUGACGAGAUCCUGAGGCCCAUUGUCGUGCCAUCAUCUCAUGUUUCAGCAUGAUAAUGCACUGCCCCAGGUAGCAAGGACAUGUACACAAUUCCUGGAAGCUGAAAAUGUCCCAGUUUUUCCAUGGCCUGCAUACUCACCAGACAUGUCACCUAUUGAACAUGUUUCGGAUGCUCUGGAUCAAUGUGUACGACAGCGUGUUUCAGUUCCCGCCCAUAUCCAGCAACUUCACACAGCCAUUGGAGAGGAGUGGGACAACAUUCUACAGGCCACAAUCAACAGCCUGAUCGACUCUAUGCGAAGGAGAUGUCAGGCAAAUGGUGAUCUGAUCUGCAUGAGGCAAAAUGUGAUCACACCAGAUACUGACUGGUUUUCUGAUCCACGCCCCUACCUUUUUUUUAAAGGCAUCUUUGACCAGUCAUGUGAAAUCCAUAGAUUAGGGCAUAAUGAAUUGACUCCAUUUGACUGAUUUCCUUAUAUGAACUGUAACUCAGUAGAAUCUGAGAAAUAGUGGGGCAAAACCUGUAAAACAAAUCUUAAAUGAAAAUAAUAACAUUUUAAAGGGCCCAAGUUUUCUCAAAUUUAGCAAUUGAAAAUACAGUAGGAUAUUUUGUGUAAUUAUCUCUGUGCUGCCGUGUAAUCCUCUUUUACACGCGCUGAUUGUGUUUCUCUCUUUGUGUCAGGUGGCAGAUGAUGGAUAUGGUGUGUCCUACAUCAUCUUGGGAGAAAACCUCAUUAACUUCCAUAUCUCCAGCAAGCACUCCAGUCCUGAGACGGUGAGUUGGCUGAUCCACAUGGCCUAUCUGGAAUGUUGCUUUCAAUCAGCUGUCCUCACUUGAAACAAAGACUCCGCUAUCGCCUGGGUAACAUACAGACCUGAAUUUCAUGGCUGACCAGCCACUAUUGAUACCAACUGCCUCUCCAUACAGGUUAUAUUGUAUCAGCUUGCCUUAGAACGUGUCCAUUCUAAAGUUCUAUUGUAUCAGCUUGCCUUAGAACAUGUCCAUUCUAAAGUUCUAUUGUAUCAGCUUGCCUUUAGAACGUGUCCAUUCUAAAGUUCUAUUGUAUCAGCUUGCCUUAGAACGUGUCCAUUCUAAAGUUCUAUUGUAUCAGCUUGCCUUAGAACGUGUCCAUUCUAAAGUUCUAUUGUAUCAGCUUGCCUUAGAACGUGUCCAUUCUAAAGUUGUAUUGUAUCAGCUUGCCUUAGAACGUGUCCAUUCUAAAGUUCUAUUGUAUCAGCUUGCCUUAGAACGUGUCCAUUCUAAAGUUCUAUUGUAUCAGCUUGCCUUAGAACGUGUCCAUUCUAAAGUUCUAUUGUAUCAGCUUGCCUUAGAACGUGUCCAUUCUAAAGUUCUAUUGUAUCAGCUUGCCUUAGAACGUGUCCAUUCUAAAGUUGUAUUGUAUCAGCUUGCCUUAGAACGUGUCCAUUCUAAAGUUGUAUUGUAUCAGCUUGCCUUAGAACGUGUCCAUUCUAAAGUUCUAUUGUAUCAGCUUGCCUUAGAACGUGUCCAUUCUAAAGUUCUAUUGUAUCAGCUUGCCUUUAGAACGUGUCCAUUCUAAAGUUCUAUUGUAUCAGCUUGCCUUUAGAACGUGUCCAUUCUAAAGUUCUAUUGUAUCAGCUUGCCUUUAGAACAUGUCCAUUCUAAAUUGUUUCCUCUCUGUCCAAUAGGACUCUCAUCGUUUUGGAAAACACAUCAAACAGGCCAUGCUCGACAUCCUGGCCUUAUUUCAGCUGGAUGCAAAUGCCUUGGCGUGAUUUAUUUUCCCCCUACCUGAAAACCUCAACUUCCAUAGGCUUACUCAGAUGAUAUUCUGUGUUAUGGUCUUAGAAUGUGUUUGAAAACCAUACAAUAUUAACAAAAUAAGAGAGUGUAUAGGAAUGAUUAUUGGGCUGUUUUUGCCAUUUUAAGUUGUGUGUUGCAUGCUAGCCCACAGACCCAUGCUGCCAUGUGUUGUCCUAUGUUAAGGUUACGCUCAGCUCAUUUCAAAGUGCUGGUGCCUUAAUGCACUGUGGUAGUUGUAGUGCGAUGUGGAGAGUGAGUGACCAAAUGGGCGUAAACAUUUACCCGCUGUCUUUUCUUCCGUGCAAUUCUUUUGAGCUGCUAGCGAUUUAUUUUGAACUGAGCAAAUGGCAUUUGGUCUCUGGGUUUUAAUAUCAGGUUGUUUUUUAAACCAUUGCUCUGUGCACCACUGAGAAAAGGACUGUUGGCAGUGGUACGGUAUCCAUUUUAGGACAACUUCCAUGGACAUGUGAUGCUGUCCUAAUAUGGACACCGUAACACCCUAAAUCUUGACACAUUUCAAAAGUAUGAUUAGUGACAGUUGAAGGAUAAUAAUUAAGGGCCGGUUGCCCACACAGAUAUCAGCCUAAUCCUGGACUAAAAAUAACUAUUGAUGGAUAUUCUCCAUUCAGCAUGUUGUUCUGUCCAGGACUAUGCUAAAUCUGUGUCAGUAUAAC